UCGGGCACGAGUACCAGUGAAAGGUAUAGUGGGCGGUCGUACACGCGCACGGUGCAAAACGUGGAGGGAGGAGGAGAUGAUCGCGCGCGUGCCCGCCCUGGUGCGGCUGGGGGCGAAGCAGCCGAGGAAGGCGGUGUUUCGUAUUCUUAUUUAUUUUGUUGUCAGCCCCUCCCUCCCUCUUGUCCUUUAAUAUUGAAUUCCGCUGUUUCGGAGUGCUUGCUUAAACCCGCGUGCCGUCCAGUUUGUAGCUGUCAUUGGAGAGCCCGCCCGCCUGCCGCUCGCUUUCAGAGGAAGCGGAGCUGUCGACAAUUAGAAACGGAAGCCGGGGCAGACUCUUUCUGAAAAGCAAAGGAAGAAGCGAACGCACUGCGAACAGCUGCUCUUGACGGGCGGGUCCGAACCCUCGUCUUUACUUUUUUUUUUUUUUUGGGACUGUUCGUUUUCGACAUUUUUAAUGGGGCAUUUUCUCCAGUGACAACCCUCAGUUGUGGGACUCUGCCAAGUCUGCUUCUUCUUCUUUUUUUUCCCCGGCUGCCGGCCCGGCGCCGCAGCCACCUCGGGGAUUUGUGGGCCUCGGCCUUGGCUUUCGGGAGUGGCUGUCACCCAGGGGUGCAACGCGGAGCGCUGGAGUAGGAGGGUCCGCUGCGCCGGCGCCCGCCAUGGCGGGGAACACGAAGAGGGGUGGUGGGCUGAUAGGGCUCAUGAAGGACGCUUUCCAUCCGUGCAACUACCAUCUGAAUGCACACCAUCAGCCUGGGGCUGUGGAUAAGAAGACCGUGGAGAAGUGUUGGAAGCUAAUGGACAAGGUGGUUCGGCUGUGCCAGAACCCAAAGUUGGCCUUGAAGAACAGCCCUCCUUAUAUCCUGGAUUUGCUCCCUGAUACUUACCAGCAUUUGCGGAGCACUCUGAUUCGCUAUGAGGGCAAAAUGGAGAUGCUGGGAGAAAAUGAGUAUUUCAGGGUGUUCAUGGAGAAUCUUACAAAAAAGACAAAGCAGACCAUUGCCCUUUUUAAGGAUGGCAAGGAACGUAUGUAUGAAGAAAACUCACAGCCCAGACGCAAUCUGACUAAGUUGUCAUUGAUAUUCAGUCACAUGCUGGCCGAGCUGAAAGCCAUUUUCCCUAGUGGGACAUUUCAGGGAGACACUUUUAGGAUUACAAAAGCUGAUGCAGCUGAGUUCUGGAGGAAAGCCUUCGGGGACAAGACGAUUGUGCCCUGGAAGGUGUUUCGACAAGCCCUCCAUGAAUUUCAUCCCAUUAGCUCUGGACUAGAGGCUAUGGCUUUGAAGUCAACCAUUGACCUCACCUGCAAUGAUUACAUCUCUGUCUUUGAAUUUGACAUCUUUACACGGUUGUUCCAGCCUUGGUCAUCACUUCUCAGGAAUUGGAACAGUUUAGCUGUAACGCAUCCUGGCUACAUGGCUUUCUUGACAUAUGAUGAAGUAAAGGCCAGGCUUUUGAAGUUUAUUCACAAACCAGGCAGUUAUAUAUUUCGAUUAAGUUGCACUAGACUGGGUCAGUGGGCAAUUGGCUAUGUUACUGCAGAUGGAAAUAUACUCCAGACGAUACCACACAACAAACCACUGUUCCAGGCCCUCAUCGAUGGAUUCAGGGAAGGAUUUUAUCUCUUUCCGGAUGGCCGCCCUCAGAACCCUGAUCUCACAGGCCUAUGUGAGCCCUCACCACAGGAUCAUAUCAAAGUAACACAGGAGCAGUAUGAGCUGUAUUGUGAAAUGGGAUCCACUUUCCAACUUUGCAAGAUCUGUGCUGAAAAUGACAAAGAUGUGAAGAUUGAGCCAUGUGGGCAUCUCAUGUGUACCUCAUGUCUGACAGCAUGGCAGGAGUCAGAAGGUCAAGGGUGUCCAUUUUGCAGAUGUGAAAUUAAAGGUACGGAAUCAAUUGUGGUGGACCCUUUUGACCCAAAAGACAACAGUGGUGGAAGUUUCAGUGGCAGCAGAGGUCUGUUUGGCACAGAGGGUGCACCAUCGCCUAGUUACGAUGAUGAUGAUGAUGAUAGGCUAGAGGAGCCACUCUUCACAAUGACUAAUCUGGCACGUGCUAAGAUGGAGCGUCCUUCAUCUCCAGUUUCAAUGGGUCCACAUGAUUCUUUGCCUCCUGUACCACCCCGGCUUGACUUAUUACAGCAAAGACCUUCAAGCUCCACUGGUUCUUCUAGUCCAGGGGCCACCUCAAAGGUAUCUUCACAUCACAAGGAUAAACCAUUGCCUCUUCCUCCGUCUCUCCGGGACCUUCCUCCACCUCCACCACCUGACCGGCCACACUCUGCUGGCUCUGAGGGUAGACUGCAGAGACGACCACUCCCGUGCACGCCUGGAGAUCCACCCCGUGACAAGCUGCCUCCAACUCCUCCAAACUGGCAACCUCGGCCUGUCCCAAAGGCUCCAGUACAGCCCCCUAAUGCUGCAGAGGCCUGGUCUGGAAGAGAGCUCUCCAACAGGCAUUCACUUCCUCUUGCCCUCCCUUCAACUAUGGACACCCGGCCAGAGGCCCAAAGGCACAGCAGUGCCAUGGGACUAGACAGUCCUUUGAACUUCAGUAGUAGUUCAUCGGCAAGUCAGGAAUAUGACAACCCCAAGGUGAAAGCAUCCUCAUCAGCUAAUGCCAUUUAUGCACUCGCUGUCAGACCGGUAUCUGGCUUAAAGUCUCUGGGAGUGGAAGAUUUGAAAGACAGUGAUGACGAGUCAGAGUACAUGUCUCCUUCUUCUCGUCCUGUCUUGCCACCACACCCCACACUUCCACAAGAGGCUAAUAAUCGUGGGCCACCACUUGCUGCUCCUAACCCACGGCUGGUGGUUGGAGAUCUGGAACUUGAAGGUCCUCAGAUGUAUGAAGCCAUGUUCAACAUUCAUUCACAAGCUUUUUCAUGUGAAGGACAGCAGGCGAAAGAUUCAGACUAUUCUGAACUCCCACCUUCCACUGCUUCUGCCUCUUUAUCAGCUUCCAAUGGGCCUGGUGAUACAGAGAGUGAUGAGGAUAACAGCUAUGAUAUUCCAAAGCCUCCCUUGCCCAUUGCACCUGCCAGGCGUACCUUCUCUGACAUCUCAAGUGUGGCAUCGGCCUUUUAUAGAGUAUCAGUGGACAAUAAUCCAGCUGCUCCAAAUCCCUUUUUGACAGAUUCUAGUCAGGCACCAGAGAGGCCUCCUAAACCUUUGCCACGUCGAAUAAACUCUGAUCGCCGACCGAGCCCCGUUCCCCAAAGCAGUGGCAAUGGAGCCAACCCUCAGAUUUCCUCUGAAAUUGAGAGUCUCAUGAGCCAAGGAUACUCAUAUCAGGACAUUCAGAAAGCACUGGUGAUUGCACAGAACAAUAUCGAAAUGGCCAAGAAUAUCCUGAGAGAGUUUGUUUCAGUUCCAUCAACUGCUCACAUUCUCACGUAGCUGAAGCCUCAGUCUUUUGGAAUUCAGGAAUGCCUUCAAGAUCGGUGGCAAGGUAGAGGUGAGUGUAAAUUCCAAACCCAGCCAUAGCAAGACCACCGAAGACUGCAAGGCUUGCUUGACAUGGUGCUUUUUCCUGUGUUUGAAGAAAGAGAGAAGAAUAUGCUCACACUGCAGCUGUGGUAUGCAAAUAAACAAGAAGGAAAGACAAAGCAAAGCUGACGUCUGCAAUUUUUUUUUUUUUUGUCAAAAACCUUCCAAGUUUCAUUGCAGCAAACCUAACUGGUGACGUGUUACAGAAGGGACUCCGUGUUUAGAAUGAUGACCUUUUGUGCCCAGCUCCUGAAGUGUUAGGCCUGGGGUAUUUAAAUAACAGGAGCAAGUGCUUCAGAAUGCUGCUGUGUGGCCUUCACCUCCCUUUCCCUUUUAAAUUUUGCUUCUGUUUUUUUUUUUUUUUGUUUUGUUUUGUUUUUUGGCUUUAUGCAAGUGUGUUUCAAAUGAGUUCAUGAGAGUCCAUGGAUCUACUGCAUCACAUGCCUUAGUAACAAAUCUUCAUCUGAAGCCUUUAUCAGGUUGUUUGCUGUGCAGCACAAAAUUGGACACCACCCCCUCCAACUCCUCUGUGUCCAGAGGUGGUUUAUUGUCAUUUAUUGAUUGCAGUUGUUGUUUAUUUUUUGAGUCGAAUGUACUUUAGAUAAGCAUAGUUUAUACGUAUAUAUUUUUUUAAAGACAUCUGCUGCUUUUCAUUAUGCUGAAAAUGUCAUUAAAUGAUAAUGUGGGGGUGGUCAAAUAUGGAAAAUAAGAUACUCUCUAAAUUUGCAAGUCCUUUUAUGUGAGUUCACACUGAUCUACAAUAACAUUUAUAUAUGUAUAUUAAAAAACAAAAAACAAAACAGUAUUUGAGACAUUCUGAAGAAAAAUAACUCUGCACCCCAAAUGGGUGAGUGGGUCUGUGUGUGUGUGUGUGCGUGAGAGAGAGAGAGAAGUGAGAGUGUGUGUGUGGGUGUGUGAGAGAGACAGAGACACAGAUGGAUUUUGUUGCCCUCUGUGGCCAUAGCAUGCUACCUCUGUUUGGAAGCCAGCUAGCGGAGCUUAUGCCCUCACUCCGGCAAUGCUGCUUACUAAAGCUGUGUCAUCCUUUUAUAAAUCUGAUUAAAUAGGCGGGUAAGCAAACACUUGAAUUAAAUUUUGGAUGAUUUGGUUGAUUGAACACUGUUAUAUUAGUUUGGAAGGUGUUAUAGAAGCUGACUGAAGGAAGUUGGUUUGUAUUUGCUGCACUUUAAUGUUCCCUUUAGUUAGAAGCGAGUAUUCCGAGGCUCUUGUUUCAUUUGAAUUUGCUCAUUUGAAACAAGGCAAAUGCCAUAGCCACAUGCACCAGCAAAUGUAAAACUACGAACAGUGACAGCCGGAAUGGUUGCGUAGUUUUUUUUUUGUUUUUUUUUUUGUUUUUUUUUUGUUUGUUUGUUUUUUUUUCUCUUAUUUAGAUAUCUUUUAAUGGUCCCUUCUGUGUGAUGUAAGGAGCUGUUGUAGUGUUCAGCUCUCCGUCUUACUGGAAAUCUCAAGUUUUCGGUGUCAUCAUUUCCUUCUUUCUCAGGGCUGAUCCCCAUGUCCAGCCUUGACACCUGAGUCUUAUCCUUUCACUCUGUGCACUUGAGCAUAUUAACUCUAAUUGCAAACUUUUAACUGUCUGGUGUCAUUGUUCCAUUACCAGUUAGCUAGCAUAUAAGAAUCAUCUUUAUGGCUUUUAGUGACAUUUUUAUUCCUAGCCUUCCUUUACAUAGAAAAGGUGACUUGGAAUAGCCACCCUGUUGUGCAUCAUGUGAGCAUUAACUUACCUGUGAGGGAGUGCGUGCGUGCAUGCAUGCAUAUGGAAGACUUAUCACAGACGAUGUUAUGCAACUGAGGGCUUUUCUUCCUGCAGCACAUUUACUGGGUGCUGUCAUGCAUGUGUGUACACAUUUACAAGCAGGCUGCUGCUUCUUAUGCUGCUUGCUGCCUUUGGUAGCUUUUCAAGGCUAUGCUAAAUGUUUGCUUUGUGUCCAACAUGCUCUGCAGUUAAGCACCACCAUGUUGUUGGUGGUGCUCCACUGGGUGCUCGUGUGUUGGUCAAGGAGUCAUUGUUUGCAUUGUGUCUGUCUGCGUGUGUAUUUAUUUUAUUCAGUCUGUUUUGUUAGUACAUUAUGUAGCAUCACUCCAAGCGUAUUUCAAGUUAGCAGUCCCACACUCUCACCCCCGUUUUGACAAAAUCGCACACUUUUCAACUGUGUAGUGCCAAGUAAAUGGGGAACUGUCUCUGGAAAUGGACAAUGGGGGGUUGGGGGUGGGGGAUAGAUUUGGUGCAAGUAGGCCGAGAGCAGAUUUGUGUGUGCGUCUUACUCCGAGUGUCGAUGAGUGAGUGUGCGGGCAUGCGUGUGCUCUUUCUUGGGUUUUUUUUUUUUUUUUUUAAGUCGAUUAAACUUGCUUUUCAAUUUUUUUUUUAUUUUUUUAAAGUUUAUUUUACUGAAUAAACUAAUAUCGAUUCAUAUAAUAUAUCAGUGUUAAAAGUUUUUAUUAAAUAUUUUAAUCUAUGAUGAAAUAGUUUCAGUAAUAUAAUAAAACAAAUGGAAAAUCUUUAUUAACAGUAUUUAAUCGUUUCUGCAAUCUGUGCAAAAGUGAAAUAAUGGAUGAUAAAUGAACGCUUUCUUAGACGAAUCUGUAUGUGGAAGCUUUAGCGUUCCAUCUCACUUUUUCAGUUUCUUGCCUUUUUGUUUAAGUUGUUUUGAAGAAUAGUAAUAAUUACUAAUGUUAUUUAUUUUUGUUUAUACUCCAGGCACAGAGAAUGUCUGUAUUUUAUUUUUUUUAAUCUUUCAUUCUGGAAUUUAUGCAUCUGUCAUUAAAACAUUUUUAAUAAGAAA